AUGGCAGCACGUCUUAACGGCGGAUGGUUGCGGGGAACAACCAUCCGCAAGGGAGGUGUUUCCACGAAUCCGACCUCGCGCACGAACACUCCUCAGAUUCAGAGCACAUCAACGACUGUCUUUGGCGGGGGUGUAAAAGAUGCAUCUGGGAGAGUAUCAGAGUACUUUUCGAUGGACGAUCAAUGUCCUGUGUGCAAAUCCGAUAGGUAUCUGAAUCCGAAGUUACGCCUCUUAGUGGGUGCAUGCUAUCACAAAAUGUGUGAAUCAUGUAUCGACCGUUUGUUCACACUGGGUCCCGCUCCAUGUCCAAUUUGCGGGAAGGUUCUGAGAAAGUUAGCUUUUACCCCACAAACCUUCGAAGAUCUUGGUGUGGAAAAGGAAGUUGCCGUACGGCGGCGGAUAGCCAAGGAAUUCAAUAAGAGACGAGAGGACUUUCCCGACGUUCGCUCUUACAAUGACUACCUCGAGGAGGUUGAGGACAUCGCUUUCAACCUCAUCAAUGAUAUAGAUAUUCCGCAGACCGAAGCCCGCAUUGCUGCGUAUCGGAUCGAGAAUGCCGCACUCAUCGAGCUUAAUGUUCAGCGUGAAGAGCAAUAUAUUCAGCAACUGAAGCAACAAGAAGAGGCUGAACGACUGGAACGAGAACAACACGCAUUGGAGCUCCGACGUGCGGAGGAGGAAGAGCGGGAGGAGCGAGAAAAAGGUAGAGAGGACAUCAUCGACAAACUCGAAACGAGCGACAAGGAUGCCACCAAGCUGAUUGCGCGCUCUCGCGCAGAGGCGCUUCGUCGCGCAUCUGCACGCUCAUCUUCGACUACCUCCGCCCUUCAGAGCAGCUCGGGCUUACUCCGCUCCCGAGCUACCCAGAGCACGGCUGUGCCUGAUCUUCCCCAUGUGCCACUCGAGGACGAUUGGUACGCUUAUGAAGACAAGUUCGCGAUGAGGGAUAACUACGAUGAUCCAACGAGCGAAGCUGUCCGGCGAGACAAAGAAGGUAUCAUGCGCGCGGGAGGCUAUAUAGUCGAAGAGGCCUGGCAGAGGGCCCUUCGAUUUGCGGUGGCCGGACUUGAGAUUGCACCUCUGCAAGGACUGCAUCCCUCCGACCCCCCAUCACCAGCGCUGCCGCAAGAUGCUGACGUAGUCAUGGCAUCUGCUUGA